AUGAAGAAUGGAAAACCUGGUGGAGACGACGGGAUUAGCGCAGAAACGCUCAGAUAUCUUUCUCCGUCUGGGAUUCGUGGGAUAACAAAGAUCAUCCGUUCAAUAUGGAUAGACGAAAGGAUACCUGAUUCGUGGAGAAACGCUAUCAGAAUUCCCCUCCACAAGAAGUUAUCCGUCACGGACCCUAGGAAUAAUCGAGGAAUCUCUUUGCUGCGUGUUAUGUACAAGGUAUUGGAGCGCAUUAUCCUGGACCGACUCAUUAAACAUCGCGAAGAAACAACGCGCGACAAACAAGCUGGCUUUCGUCCUGGCCGAUCUACGACUGGCCAGGUGUUCGUCGUCAGGAGUGUGAUCGAAAUCUGGCAGCGGCAUUCGAAGCCAAUGCAACUGGCGUUUCUAGACUUUGAAGCCGCGUUCGACUCUUUUCACCGAGGCCGUCUUCCCAACGCGCUUCGCGCUGAUGGAGUACCAGGAAAGUUCGUUCGCUUGCUUGAUGACAUGAAUCAACGAACAACUGCUGCAGUUCGAACACCAGCCGGAUGUACAACACCGUUUGAAAUGGUAACUGGAGUAGGACAAGGGGCAGUGGUAGGACCCUUCCUGUUCAAUUUCGCCAUCGACGGCAUUAUGCGAAGAACAGCAGAUCAGCGUUCUGCCGAUAUCAUCAGAACAUCCUUUAACCGAUCUCGAGUACGCUGA